GGCCGUGACGAAGCGGCGUCACAUGUCCGUCACACGACCACCUACCUUUUUAAGAACACGCACGUAGCUGCGGACCAAAUUCUCCCGCAAUGCACCGACCAGCGGCAGUACAGCUCCCAGCACUCGCUGUCGACGCAGCGAAGCCGACAUCAAUGCGGACACGUCCCCGAAGUGCGAGUAUCGUCAAGGUGGAGCAGGUGGGGGAUGGGUCGUUGGAAGAAGCUCUGGAUCAGAGCGCCUAUGUCAAUAUCAAUGCGAACUGGGUCAAUGCUAAAGGUGGACCCUGUCUCUACGACAACGACUCGGCGGCGGCGGCUGACAGUGCUUCCAGGAGCAUGGCUCAUUCAUAUCGUGCUCAUAGCCAUUGGGAAAAUGAUCAUUCAGACGAUUCCUGGCAUGACACAGCAAAUCAGUUGGACACUCGUUAAUCUCAUCUAUCUCGCACUCUCAUAUCUGAUGUUCCACUGGGUGACCGGCAUACCAUUCGGCAAUGACCUGCACGCCGGAGCGUACGAUGACUUGACAUUAUGGGAGCAGAUCGACGACGGGGCCCAAUACACACCUGCGAAAAAGUGGCUCUCCACCGUACCCGUUGUGCUCUUCCUCGCAUCGACGCAUUACACGAACUACAAUCCCUGGCUAUUCGCUAUCAACGUCUCUGCUCUGAUAUUCGUGCUAAUUCCCAAGCUGCCGCAGUUACAUCGUCAACGAGUUCGCUUCCUGCAGGACGAAGCUUCUGGAAUGGCCACCCCACUCACCGCAUCCCGGCCUUCGACUCCCCUGGGAGUCAACUUCAAAGAUAUAACUGCGGCAAACUUCCAGUAGUAUCCUGCAUGGCCACUAUUCGGGGCAACAUCAUCUUUGUAACAACACAGUAAUUAGAGCAAUCAUAAUGGACUUUAUUAACUGGUGCUGACGUAGCGGAUCUAAACAGUCGGCUAUGUUGCGUAGACUCCUCGUAAUUAAUGUUGACUAGAUGAGCGGACUUGUCGGUAAACGACGUCGCACACGCGUCGGAUUUGGCUCUCCGUUUCCUCGAAUAGGACGUUGAGAAUCCAAGUCAAAAUCAUCCGACAUCUCCCGCUCUGCGCAUGGUGGCAGCACAAAGAGAGCCGGCCCUCUUC